AUGGCAGCUGUUUCAGUUUCUACUCCCCUCAAGAGCCAUCACGGCAUUUUCUCUACUCGGACCGCUGGCGGCCGCAUGCCCCUUACCCCAUCUCCAAGAGCACGUACCACAGGCAUUACCUCAAACUUGGCCAAUGACUCUCCAUUCACUCCUCCCAGACAAUGCUCUGAGAACACCCGCGCUACCUCAGUCUAUGGAGGCAACCUCACCUCCCACUUCGCUCGCUCUGUGUCGCGUCCUUCAUACCAGAGCUCCCCCAAAUCGAACAUCGCCCGACCUGCCAUCUCGCCGAGACGGCUCGAGCUGGGCGUUUCGGACUGGACAUUGACUGGAACCGGGCCUACUGCAAAGCCAGUUGUUUCCAGGGAGCGUACCCGGAAAGAGGGUGUCUCCAGACAGCGGACCGGAAAGACUACGAUUCGUGUUGCGCACAACGCCGCUGAUCGUUUCAUUCCAAACAGAACAGCAAGCGAAGCUGUGUCCAACGUCGGCGUCGCAAAGGUGGAUAUGGAAGAGCGUCGCUCCAAGACGAGCAGUGCUGACGGUUCUACUAUCCUCGCAAACUCGGCAAGUGCAUUCAGCAUUGGCGGCCGAGUUUCAGAGGAUGAUGCUACCAGCGCUCUGGAGAACUUGAAUUUGGAUGACGAUGAGGAGCGUCCCAGCACCUAUAGCCGCCCAGGCCCUGAUGCGCUUGCCUACGAAUCAUCUCUUGCCUCUGCAUGUGGCGUCUCUCUUAACACUCGAAUCCUUGCAUUCAAGCCUGCUCCCCCGGAAAGCUCGAAGCCCAUUGACUUGCGUUCUCAAUACAAUCGUCCUCUCAAGCCAGCUGGCUCUUCGGCCCAGUUCCGCCGACGCGUCAUGACUGCACCGGAACGUGUUCUCGAUGCGCCCGGUCUGGUUGACGACUACUACCUGAAUCUCCUCGACUGGAGCUCCGGCAACCAAGUCGCGAUUGGACUUGAGCGUAACGUAUACGUGUGGUCUGCUGAGACCGGCUCAGUCAACUCUCUUCUUGAGACGAGCCCUGACACCUACGUCAGCAGUGUGAGAUGGAGCGGUGACGGUGCCUACGUCAGCGUUGGUCUCGGAACUGGAGAGGUUCAGAUUUGGGAUGUGGAAGAAGGCACUAAGCUUCGAAGCAUGUAUGGACAUGAUUCACGUGUCGGCGUCAUGGGCUGGUCCAAGCACCUCCUCUCGACGGGUUCCCGCAGCGGCCUUGUCUUCAACCACGAUGUUCGCAUCGCCGAGCACAAGGUUGCCGAACUCGUAUCCCACACUUCUGAAGUGUGCGGCUUGGAGUGGAGACCCGACGGCGCACAGCUUGCCACUGGCGGAAAUGACAAUCUCGUCUCUAUCUGGGAUGCCCGCUCUCUUGCUGCUCCCAAGUUCACUAAGACCAACCACCGCGCCGCCGUCAAGGCUCUCAGCUGGUGCCCGUGGCAGCACAACCUCCUUGCUACUGGCGGUGGCUCGUUUGAUCGCCACAUUCACUUUUGGAACACCACCACUGGCGCACGCACCAACAGCAUUGAUACUGGCUCUCAAGUUACCAGCCUUCGCUGGAGCCCCCACUACCGCGAGAUUGUUAGCUCCAGCGGCUUUCCCGACAACUCGCUCAGCAUCUGGAGCUACCCUUCUUUGGUACGCAACAUUGAGAUUCCGGCUCACGAGACUCGUGUCUUGCACAGCUGUCUGAGCCCGGAUGGUCAGAUGCUUGCUACGGCUGCGGCCGACGAGAGCUUGAAAUUCUGGAAGUUGUUCGAGAAGAAGCCUGCUUCCACCUCUGCUGCUCGUGAGUCCAAUCUUGGACGGAAAGGAGCCGACAUGGUUAAGCAGAUGACGAUUCGGUAA